UACAUAUACGGUACACCAGUUGGCGUUCGUGGUAUCUGGUGUGUAAUUUUCUUUACGCAGCGAGCAGCAACGGGGGAAAUAUGGCGGCGCUGGUGUUAAUGGCGGGAUUACUAGUGGGGAUGAUCGGCGGGAUGACAGCGCAGAAGCCGGUAAUGAUCUCCGGGUUGGCGUGCAACUGCACGUGCGCUAUUCCGCCCACAGAACAACAGGAAAUCCUUCCCGUGUUCCAACGCGAGGGCCCGUUCUUCCUGGCGACAUUCAACUGCAACGCCGGCCAGCAUCUCGGCUUCAUCCGGGCCUCCAUCGCCACGGGCGAGCCGCUGCGCUACACACUACUGGGCACGCCGUACCUGCGCAUCGACCCGGACACCGGCGACCUGUACAUCCAGGGCCGCGUGCCCGCCACCGGCUACUACAACGCCACCGUCGCCGCCCAGACCGACAGCGGCAAGGUCAGCACGCGCGCCGGUAAAGUACAGCUGCUCUGCGGACCGGACUGGUGAUCGGAUUGGAUAUUAUGUAUACGGCCGUGACCUUUGCGGUAUCGCUUCUUAUAUCUUAUCAGCGGUUUGUCGCUUGGUUUGGCGAAAACGAUCCUAAUUACCGAUGACCUUUGUCACAUGGAUUCUAUUUUGCUAGAUCGAAAAAUAACAGGGAAAGUCUCGCCCGGCUACAAAUUCUUCCUUAAAUUUCCAGGGAAUGGGAAAAUCUGGUUUGGGCUGAGAUUUGUCAUCAUAACUGUGUCCUUUGCAGUAAAGUUUGGAAAACACAAUCGUACGAGCAGAUUAUU